CAACCUCCAGUCGGAGAGAGUGCAUCGAUUCAUUAGGAAUCACGUUUCAUAAAGUCCGCAAAUUAACGACACAAAGUUAUGGGUGACACGAGAAAAAAAAGAACUUUGCCCGAUUUGGCUGAAAUGAAGAAUAAGAAUUCGGCAGCGAGAAAAUCCCGACGAAAUUGUGCAUCUGAAGUUAUAUUAAACGAAAAAAAUGAACUGGUCGAUCCAUUCUGCGUGGAGAACGAGCCUCAAGUCCUUAGCUUUGAAGAUGUCAGUUCAGCAGCCUUCAAAAUCAAAGGUGGCAUCAUCAAUACACCGUGUGUGCAAUCACGUUUGUCCGACGAAACGGGUGUGGAUCUUUACCUGAAAAAGGAUUUUCUUCAAGUAACGGGUAGCUUCAAAGAGCGUGGGGCUCGUUAUGCUUUGUUGAUGCUUUCCGAGGAUAGCAAACAGAAAGGAGUGAUUUCCGCAUCGUUGGGGAAUCACGCUCUCGCGCUUUGCUAUCACGGCUCGAGGCUCGGAAUUUCUGUGACCGUAGUUAUGCCAAUCGUCGCGCCAAUCAUGAAGAUCGCUUCGUGUCGCCAGUACGGGGCUAAUGUGAUUGUUGAGGGCGCCAACAUGGCAGAGGCGAAGCAAAUAGCACUCAUGCAAGCCAAAGAGCACGGUUUGACCUACAUAAACGGAUAUGACCAUCCACAUAUAAUGGCAGGUCAGGGGACUUUAGGUUUGGAGAUAUUUGAACAGGUGCCUAACAUUGAUGCAGUCGUAGUUCCCGUCGGUGGAGGUGGACUCGUCGCUGGUGUCGCUACGGCUUUGAAAACGCUGAGUCCUGGAGUGACCGUAAUCGGUGUCGAAUCCGAAAGGUGUCCAAGUUUUUCGGUAGCUCGAGAGGCUGGAAAACCAAGCUUCAUACCGAUCGAUUCGACCCUAGCGGAUGGCCUCGCAGUCCCGAUGGUCGGCUACAACGCUUACGCGACCGCAAAUCCUCUCAUCGACAAAUUGGUUAUCGUCAAUGAAGAAUGGAUUGCUAGAGCGAUACUAAGACUCGUAGAACGUGAAAAAUGCAUCGUUGAAGGGGCAGGAGCAACAGGACUUGCCGCGAUUCUCGCUGGACAGCUCGACGAACUUAAGGGAAAAAGAGUGGUGAUAUUACUCUGCGGUGGAAAUAUCGACACGACGAUCUUAGGCCGGUGUUUAGAGCGAGGACUGGCGGCCGAAGGGAGGCUGCACAAAUUCACAGUGACAGUGUCGGACCGCCCAGGUGGAAUAGCCGAAUUGUGUAAGAUGUUGGCAGGAAUCGGCGUUUCGAUAAAAGACAUUAUGCACGAAAGAGCGUGGAUAAAGUCGGACGUAUUUACAGUUGCUGUUAAAGUAGUUUGUGAAACGCGGGAUAUCGAGCAUGCGAAUACUCUCAAAGAAAUGUUGCAUAAAAACUACGGGAACGUAGUUUUCGGCCAUGACAAUUUGCCGAAUUCGAUCACACCGGAAGCUCCGACAGUUUCGAUCAUUCAAGACUCCACGGGGACGCAUGUUUAACUUCUUCUUCAAUGGAAGAAAAUGGAUUUCGCGAUUCAGGAGCGUUUUCGAUCGUUGGAACCAUCUCCGAGUAAAUUCGACGACGAGAAAAUUGUUCCGAUUGGAAGCAAUACGAGAAAGAAAUAAUUACUUGUGCCAAUCUUACUUGCAACCGGAAAGUAAUGAAAAAACAUCUCUGCCGGAUCUCUUUUAUCUCAAAAAUGAUUUUAACGCGGUUUUUUAAUUAUCAAAAUAAAUGAGAAUGAUUAUUACAUAAGGCAGCUCGACCUCCGACCUCGGAAGACACGGUUAUGAUAAACUCUGACGAUUAAAAUGGGAGUGAACUCACACUUUCGUCAUUAUGACCAAAAUGAGAUGAAAUGUACAUAGAUAUAGGGGACGUUACUUUGCGCACGUAUAUAUACGUACGGGGAACGGGAGGAAUGUAGAGCUGGCCGUUGCCGCGGCGGCCAAACUAAUUACAAACAAUGUUUUAUGUAUCUUCGAGUUCGAAGUUGGCAAAGCCAUUCAUUAAAAUGCGCACAAUGCCGAUGGAAUAAUUUAGUGCGGCGUGUAUAUUGCUCUGCGAGGCAUUUGAAUCAAAUCAGUCUGGUGGCGGUAAUUAAGGGGAUUUCUUUUAUUGUCAAGUAGGGCCGACGGUCCGGCACCUGAAUAAAAUACACUCUUAUAUUAUCGUCGGUGAAACAUUGAAAUUUCCGAGCUUCGCGACGUCGUUGUACCAAUUCUUCACGAGCUACGUCUUCGUGUUUCUUACUAAGUUCCAAAUUUACGGUGAAACUUUGUUCGGAACUGAGCAAAUCAAUCAUGAUAUUUAUAUUUUAAUGCGGCUAUUGAUAUGAAUUGGAAAUAUUCAUAAUCCCACGAGAAAUCUGCUGUUUCUCUGACAGACACUUGUGAAAUGUUUAAAUUUAUCAAAAUGGAAUUGAAACAUUAAAUCAGUGUGUGUGUGUGUGUG